CUGCGUUAGUAGAAAACAGAUGUAUUUCAACAAUGAUGCCAAAAUACUAGAUUAUUUCCCUACGCUUCAAAACCUAUCACCGCGGUUGCUCCUCAACAACAAGCGAUAAAUAAUUCACACAAUUAUUAUGUUUACUGCUCGGUUUACCGUAGAUUUUGUACUGCCAGUGCACAGUGGUUCCAUUUGUUCAGGGAAGCGGUCAUACAUCAUUUUCUUCGUUUUUUGAAGGGAAGAAUCAUUUUUAAUGACCAGAAAUAGAAUGUUAUAACCAAAAAAGCAUAUUCUACUACGUUUUCAUGAACAUCACUUGAUAAAUAUUAACUUUGGAAAUUUUUAUUUAUGAUCAUUAAAAAUCAGUAAUCAAAUAUUUUUAACUAUUAUGAAAAGUGGGUCGAAUUAUAUCAGUUUCUGCUAAGCUUAACAAGUUAAAGCAUGUAUCACAUGACAGUAUCAUAAGAGAUUCAUGUGAAUAGUAUCAGGCUUAAAUGUUAUUCCCUAGGAUCAUAGGUUUGGACCUCUAGUUUCAGAAUCUGUGCGGGUUAAAAUAUUUCAUCUUGGGUUUUUAGAUAUUUUUGAUUUUUUUUCCUAUUUUCCCAUACAAAUGUCGAAAAAAGUCAUUUUAAGGUCAAAUUCAUCUCAUACAAAAAUGUAUGGAACAAAAACCCUAGAUAGAUGAUUUCAAAUCGCACAUAUUCUGAAUCUAGAGGUCCAAAAAUACGGUUCUAGCGAAAAAAAAUUGAGGUACAUUCACUUUUCAUAAUACUUCCCUUUGGACAUAGCGUGUAUCAUAUGAUUCUUGGGCCUGCGUUUUGAAAAGGAUUAAAGUACCUAUUUUCAGUCGUUUUUGUUUCUAGCAAUUUGCUUUGAAAAUGCUAUCCAGUACUGAUGUACGUGGAAUUUUAAUCAAAGAUAGCUCUAACCCAAUAAACAAAAUGUAUACAAAUAUCGCUCUACAUUGCUAGGUAUUUGACAGAGUGCCUGCAAUAGUAUCAAAGAAAUCAAUUCAAAUAGUUUAAAUCUCACUAAAUAAAAUGAUCAAAUAUUUGGAUUUUGGAAGACAAUAUGAAGAAUUAUGUCGAGCAAAUAUUAAUCAAAGAACAUAUUUACUCCUUUUCUCAACACUACAGUUUUAGGUACUGUAUGGAUUUUGAGGAAAUUUUGUCAAUGUUAGCAAAAAAUGCAAAAUGUCUUAUCAAAUAAAACAAUUACAAAGACUUUUAUGAUGCCGCACAGUUUUACUGAAAUGGAUAACGGUAGCUGUAAAAAUAUGGUAUCUAAUCUACCAUUACUGUUUGCUGGAGGUUACCCCACAUCGCUAGAGAAAAUCACGGAAACUCAGUUAGAGAAAUUUAUUCCGUUUAUGGUACAAUGCUCUCUUGGUUACAUACACAUACCAACCUUGGAAGAGUACAGCGAACCUGAAUGGUGGCCAGCAGAUCUAGAAUUCGUUAUACCAUUCUGCCGACCAAAAACCUUCAAAGGAAACUGGCUGGAGAAAAUGCGUGAGCUGGUAGUAAUCUGCUAUUCCUUCCAUAAAUGUGUGUUCCUCCUAAGAUUCUGUACCGACUUGGCAUCUUAUGAACCAGCUACUUUGAGAUUCAUCAAUAACUAUAAUUCUACAACGUCCCUCUACCAGCGACACUCGAAAAAGUUGCUUGUUACUUUCCGGAACGAAAAUAUGGUAUAUACAAUUGUUCAAUCUUCUUCAAUAACAACAUACCUACGCCAACAAAUCUACCUCGCUCCAACACUCCAAACUCGUACCUGAAGGUUCGACGCUAUCCGAGCGCUCAACGCUACCUAACUUCCAACACUCCUCCUUAGCGUCGCAACCUUCGAAACACGAUCACCUCCUCCUGGAUCGAAGCUCCUCCUCACUCCAACGCUAGACAAGUGGCCCAACUCCGACGCUUGCACCAGCCUUACACCAUUUCCGAGCUCCGACCAGGUCCAUCUCCGAGCUCCACCUUCAUGUUGUCUUCCGGAUCACUCCUCCUGUCGCCAACCUCUUCGUCCAGGUGCGACCACCGAGCUGCAUCCGAUCCUACUCAACAAUCCUGGAGCUCCUUCCGGUGACCAGCCAGCAGUCAUCCAGUUGACCCGUACCGCCAACAUUCCCAUGGAUCCUGUCCUCCGUUGCAGCCAAUCCAUCCGCCCAAGGAUCCCGUGCUGCGGCUCCGCGACUUAUGCGGCCGAUCCUUCUCCCGGUCGAUACGUGCUGUGGAACACGCUCCUGGGCCCAUAACCUGUUGAGAGCAGCUUCC